CAGCCAGUUUCACCAAUUAUACUUGAAUGAUGGAAGAUGACUGGAAUGAGUUGUUGACACUUCUGACUCCGGCCAUAAAAAAACAGGAUACCGUUAUGCGUCAAGCUAUAUCACCGAGGGACAGACUCACUGUGACUCUUCGAUAUUUAGCAACGGGCAAUACCUUUCAAGAUUUGAGCUACUCCACUCGCAUAGCCGCGAACACAAUUUCAAAAGUGAUUGACGAAACUUUAAGAGCAAUAGUAGAAGUACUCGACUCAAAAGUAUGGAAUUUCCCAUCAUCGCUGGAGGAAUGGCAGGUUAUCGCUCACAAAUUCGAUACUUUAUGGAAUUUUCUUCAUUGCAUCGGUGCGCUGGAUGGGAAACACAUCAAUUUUCGUCCCCCUCGAAGUGACGGAUCGAUUUACCGUAAUUAUAAGGGAAAAGACAGCAUUGUGCUUCUGGGUCUUGUCGAUGCUGAAUACAGAUUUUUGUUCGUUGACGUCGGAAGAAAUGGACGUAUGCACGAUUCUGCUGUUUUGCGUGAGAGCCCAUUAUGGACUAAGAUCAACGAUGGAACGUUGAACUUACCUGCUCCAUGUGAAAUUCCAGGCUUUUGUUACAAAUUACCGUACGUGAUUGUCGGUAACGACGCAUUUGCCUUGAAACCUAAUUUGUUAAAGCCGUAUCCGGAUAGAAACUUGACGCUUGACAAAAGAAUAUUCAACUACAGAUUGAGCCGUGCUCGCAGAACUGUUGAAAACGCUUUUGGCAUACUGGCAAACAGAUGGCGCGUUUUACUUUCUACGAUAUCUCUCUCCGUUCAAAAAGUAGAGAGAAUAACUUACGCGUGUGUGCUUUUACAUAAUUAUUUAAUCAAUAAAUCUAACAAUGAUUCCAGUCAAUGGUACGAACCGCAUAAUUACAGAAUCUUAACCCGCGUUGAUAGUAAUUGUAAUGCAGUACAAUUAUCCAAAGGGCAGAAUGCCUCCCUAUAUCUGAGAAAUAACCGAAGCAGUAAUAAAGUUCUAAAGAUACGAGAUAAAUUUUGUGAAUACUUUAAUACUACAGGCAUAGUGCCAUUUCAAUAUACCGCUAUUGAACGAGGUAACUAUUAG